AUGCCAUCGGCAGAAACAUGGGAAGAAAAAGCAAUUCAAAAGCGUUCGUCCUUUUUUAACUUAAUUCCACAAGAAUGGAGACUUGCCGAAUCGAUUUUGAAAUCAAUUCCAAAAGAUUGUACUGUAAUACCUUCACAAUGUGGAAUAUUAUCUGAACUCGAUUUGGAAAUGACAGAAAUUGAUGAUAUUGAUAAACUUGCUGGUUAUAUUGUUAAUGAUAAAUAUUCGGCAGUCCAAGUCACGGACGCUUACUACAAACGUGCAGCAAUUGCUCAUCAACUCGUCAAUUGUCUAGCUGAAAUACUUUUUGAACAGACACUUGAGUGA